UCUAGUCUUUUCUUAGCUUUUUUCCUCCAUCGCUUCACCUCCCUACGUCAGUCUUUUGGUUAUAGAGGUUCGUUCAUAAUACAGUGUGUGACGACAAUCAUAACCGAUGCACAAACUAAGCAUCGCAUAGUUUGAUUCGAUCAUUUAAAGUUGAUACAACUAAUUGUGUUUAGCUGGUAAUUUCAAUGGAAUGCUUUGGGAGCAAAUCAAACAACCUAAUAUAUCUAGUAGGAUAUGGAUUCACAAUAAUACUAUCGACUCCAAGUAUAGUAUUUAAUCUCUUAAUCAUGCAAAACUAAUCGGUCUUAGGUUGUAAUAGAUUAUUUGAUGAUGUUAUUAGUAUGAACGUAUGUAGCUUUGUUCCAACAUUGUUAUAAUUCUUUUAACCAACCAAUUAUUUUUGUUUCAUAUUGUUCAUAAUCAUGGUAAAAGUAUUUAUAAUAAUGUUACAGGCUUAUAAGGGUUUGUAAAGGAUAGUCGUCGACUUGGACUUAAUUAUUUUGUAUCAAUAAUUCGCUCUUAGGGCUUAGCAUAUCAAAAAAAUUAUGAAUGAAUGAUUUAGGGAAGAUCUAUUUGUUGACAUUCUAAAAAGCAUAUACACAAUGACAUCUCAAGGCUAAUCUUCCAUCACACUAAGGUAAAACUUCAAUCAAAGAAAAUGGCAUCAGCAGCAAUAAAUAAUAAAAGAAAAAACAGAAUUAAACCUUCAGGGAUUUUGAGAGGAGAUUUGCAGAUGUUAUAGUAUUUUUCAAUUAAACAGGAUAUGUCAUCCUUAGGUCAUAACAAGAUAUUGGGUUCAGUCAUCCAAAGCUCAUGCAACCACAAAAAUCUAUAAAGCCAUCCACAAAACAUGCAUGUAAGAGGGAGUAAUACAAUGUAGAAUAUUAAUAUUACACACCUUCUUACACAUGAGGAGGCCUGUGAGAGUCAGCCUUCCCAAGAUAAAAAAGGACAACUGUUGCAGUGGUAAUGAUAACAAGAUAACACCACCCCCCCAAAGGCAAAAGAAACAUGGGAGAAGGUGCCAGUCUUUGCAGAUGGAUCCUUUUGUCCUCUUGCAAUCCUUCCUAAGCUGUAGCUUCUUUUUACAAAGCACUAAAUUAAACCACUUUAUCUCACUGUAUUUCAAAUGCUGCUACCAUCCUUAUCCUAAUGAUGAGAUAUAUUUGUCUUGGCAACAAGGAAACAUUUCCCUUAGCUUUUCUUUUGGAGCUUCCAACCCCAUUCUAGAGUAAUAAUAUGCAUACCUUCCCAAGCCCUUCUUUCCCAAUUUUCUACUCUAUUUUAUCCUUUCUCUCCCUCUGCGAAGGGGACUGAGGAGUUCCCAGAGCGUGGUGGCUGUGGAGGAACUCUCGGAUAAACAAAUAAGUUGAGGCGUAUGAGCAUAGAUACUGUUACAGAGGCAUCUGAGCAGGUGAAGCCAAGUGUUGGGGUGUGGGUUUGAGCUUUAAGAUUCGAUCCAAUGCCGAGAUCAAGAGGGUCGUCAGAUGCGCCGCAGAGGCAGUCGCCGCGGGCGCCGCUCCACCUGAGGGCCACCGCCUGCUCCGAGGCCAACAGCGUGCACCACCGCCCCGUGGCCGCCGACCGCAGCCCCAGGGUGUCCCCUCGUGGUGUCUUACAAGAGCAGAGGAAGCGGGGCACGAGGGUAACCGACCUGGAGACCAAGCUGAAGAAGGCGCAGGAGGAGCUCAAGCGGCUGAGAGACCAGGUGGCCUCGGCGGAAGCCGCGAAGACCGAGGCGGAGCAAGCUCUCGUGAAGGCCAAGAAGCGGAUCACGGCCACAUCCCCGACGGCGAAAGGAGAAGACGUCAAGCGUCAUGUUCCUCAGGAGUCUCGAAAGGAGGGCGGUCCACCGCAGGAGAACAAGUCCGAGGAGGAGAGCGUCACUUCUCCCGCGACGAUGGAUGUCUUCGAAGUAGUAGUGCCGACUGAGCCCAUCCACAGAGAGAACGAAGACGUCAGCAUGCAGAAGAAAGAAGAGAGUGCGGUGGAGAGGGAAAAGGAGGAGACAAAGGCAAUGAUCAGCGAUGCAGUAGUUGCUGAGACAGAGGAGAAAAAGAAGGAAGAAGAGGAAGACAAGAGAGAGCCGGUGGUGAUACCUGAUAGCCCACAGGUGGACGCUCUCAAGGCCAAGCUCUCGGAGAAGGAGAAGGAAGUGGAGAUACUCCUCGAGGAGAACGUCAUCUUCAAGACCAGAGCCGACGAGGAAGCGAGGCAGAUCGCAGACGCUGCUCGGGCCAAGGAAGAAGAGCUGACGGCGAGGCUGAACUCCACGGAGGAAGAGCUCAAAGAAAGCAGAGCUAAAGCGGGUCGCCUGGCGGAGCAGCUGGAGGCAGCAGAAGGCGCGAAGGCGGCGUUAGAGGCGGAGAUGAAGCGGCUGAGGGUGCAGACAGAGCAAUGGCGGAAGGCGGCAGAGGCCGCUGCCGCGGUACUGGCAACGGGGGACGCAACGGCCGAGGACACGACGGGGAGAAGGGUGGCGGAGCGGUGUGGGUCGAUGGACAAGCACCUCGGCUGGGGGUCGCCGCUGGUGGCCGGGGACAUGGACGAAGACGGCAGCGGGAGGAGAAAGAGCGCCGGGAUUCGAGUGCUCGGGGAGCUGUGGAAGAAGAAGGGUCAGCGGAAAUGAGCUGAUCGAAACAGAGGAAGGAGGUGAGUAGCUCAUCCUCAUCCGUCCCUCGUUAUGCUUACUCUGUUCGAUUAUUACUACUGUUGUAGUUGUCGGUAAUAGGCAAUCUUUUGGUCUCUGCAUCUCUCUGCUUUGGAUUUGAAUCAUAAACGGAGGGAAGUUGUAUGAGUUCUUCUCGGUAGACAUGGGAGUUUUUUUUGGCUCACUGUUUUAGCACACAAAUCAUUGGCUAUGUAACUUUUAAUCAUGUUAGAUUAGGUUUAAAUAUCAACAUUCUUGGUUUAAGCACGAGUAAUUAUCCUUCCCCAUUUUAAUUACGUUGCUAAA